AUGAGCGGAUCUUUGUUGCGGAAGAUUACACGGCAGAUCUCUCCCCACCACAAUCCAGAGGGUAUUACUUUCGGCAAAACCAAACUUUUGUUCGACAGGAAAGCGCCAGAUUCAAAGCCGGCACAGGAAACAUAUGCUUCGACACUAGUGUCGAAACUUGCUGAUGGACUCAAGUACGAGGUAGAGCAUGUGGAGAGAAGUGUUGUGCCUGUUUCGGUGCUACAGCACGAGCAAAAGCCCGCCAAGAAGAAAAACGAGCCCACAAAACCGCGUUCCAAGGCGCGGUUGACGGGCGAGCGUGUAGCCGAGCUCGUUGAGGCUGCAGCAGCGGCCCCCGAAGGUAUGUAUUGGUGA